AUGGCUAAGAAAGGGAAAGAGGAAGGGAAAGGAGGGAAAGGCAAGGAGGCCAAGAAGACCAAGAAAGAGGCCGUCAGCGACUCGGAAGAGAUCACCGACGCCGAGGUGACCAACACCGAGGAAAGCGAGCUGGGCAGCGAGAUGGUGGAGGAGGAGGAGGAGGAGGAAGAAAGCGAGGAGGAUCCGAAGAAGAAGAAAGGGAGGGACAAGAAGGCAGCAGCCAAGGGGGUCAAGAAAGGAGACAAAGGGAAGAAAGAGCCGGAGGAAGAGGAAGACCAGCGCAGCCUGAAGAGCACGUCCAAGCUUUUCAUGGGCUUCAAAGGGAUGGCUCCAAAGAAGAGCCCCAAGAAAAGCCAGUUCAAGAACACCUCCCGGUUCUUCUGGGGGCUCAACAAGCACAGCACCCAGAGGAAGAAGAAGAAGAAGAAGAACCGGGGAGUCCUCAAGUCCACCUCCAACCUCAUGAUGCGCUUCAAGGAGAUGGGGAAGAAGAAGAAGAAGGAGAAGAAAGAAGGGGCCGCCAAGAAGCCGUCCUACGUCCUGAUCCGGCUGGGUGGCGGGAAACCGGAAGGAAACUUCAAGCCCCGGGCCCAGAUCGUCAGCAAAGUGGCCGCCGCCACCAACUGGCUGACCCGGAGGUUUCUGUCCAAACGCCGGAGGUCCGGAUACAACCCGCGGGUGAUGGACGAAUCCUGGCUGUCGAGGAUCGGGGCCAAGAAGCUUCCCUUCCCCUCAGGAGACGAAGUUCUGAGGCACCGAGCCAAGAUGAGGCAGACCCCGGAGAGGGACGCUCUCUAUGACAAGACCCAGGAAGAGUUUGGCUACUGGGACAACUUGGAUUCCACGCCCCUUGAGAGCUACCAUGACUUUCGAGAGGAUGAUUAUUACAGCCCCCGGUCCUCUUCGCAGUAUGGCUAUCCUAAUGGAGAUGAGGGCUAUACAGGGAGUCCAUUAGAUGAAGGGUACGGGCCUGAGGUAGAACCGGUGGACUACUACGAUCAAGACCAGUAUGACGGCCGCCAUUAUGAUGACCAAGGUUUUGAAGCCGUUGCUGGUUAUUCGCCCUACGAAGCUUACAACGGCUUUGGAAACGAGUACGAGGCGCCCCCAGGAGCGCAUGGCUCUGUCUACGAAGCGGUGGAGGAGGAGGCGUAUCCUGACGACAACAACGCCUAUGCUCAGCAUGAAGUCAGCUACAGCGAGCACGAAUGGGUUCCUGAGACCCAGUCAGCGUACAAUCCUUACGCAUCGCCGUUGGCUGACAUUGUGGAGACGGAUGAAACCGAAGGGGCCGAGGAAGAGCCAGGCUACCCUCCCGUGGCGACCUCUCGCUCUUUCUUCUUUGGCCAGCCUGGUGUGGGAGAAGAUUUGCCUUCAAGGCUGUCUCAGAACCGGACGUUCCGCCUUUUCCCCAGGCCUCAAGUGAAGCUCUUUGGCAAAGAUAAGCUUGACGUCACGCUCCCUCCUUCCCCGCACAUUCCCCUUGAGGAAGAGGAGGAGGAGGAGGACGAAGGCGAGGAGGAAUCCGAACCGCUCAUUUCGCCUUUUGCCCAGUAUGAGGGCCAGGACCUGGACUCUCCCAGGUCCCCAGGGACUUUCUCCAAGUUUCUGCCUGGCUGUUUUGCAGAAUUCGUCCUCUUCUCUAAGAUCACGUGGCUCCACCGCAUCUUCGUCGAGCAGACCGGUUCCAUCGCUGAGCAGAGAAAACCCUGGUCCCUCUUGGGGAAGAAGUCCAACUGCUAUGAGUCCCUCCUCCCGGGCGCCAUCUUCCCCUCAACCGACAGGGCGUCGCUCUUUGGCAAGCCAACGCAAUCCAUCAUCUUCCAGCUUAACCUCAAUCAGAGCUCCUCUCCUAGGUUGACCCGCCAAGGGAGCCGUAAAGUCACCAUCAGGGAGUCCCCCGUGGGCACCUCUCCUUAUGCCCAGCCCUUCGGCGACAUCCACCCAUCGGCAGAGACAGAAUGGGAGCAGGACCGAGGCUGGGACGUCAGAGGAGUUGCCCGUUUGCCCCCUCAGCCCCCAAGCCCAACCCCCAGUGCCCGCAAGGCCUUCCUUCAACACAUCGGGCACCCUCUGGCUGGCAUGGCGCAAGCGUCUCCUCCCUCCAUCAGGCGCCAUCAUGCCAAACUCUCAGGCAGUAUGGAAGAGGGGAAUCCCUACCUAGCACCAUUUGGUCCGUCGCCGAGAGCAUCGCCAUCUUUUUCCAGGCAUGUCUUUUCUCAGGAUCCCGCCGCUCCAUCGGGGACGCAUAUGGGGAAUGCCGUCUAUUCUAGGUCACCAGAAUUAGGACGCAGGGUUUCCAGUGGGGGCUUGUCCUAUUCCGUUUCUGAGGGCAGUCCAGGCAGUUUAGGGAGGCCGCAUCUCAACCCCGUGUCCCCCUGGAUGCCUUCGUUCAGAGGGCCCCAGGCAGUGGGACGAGGGAACCCUUGCAUGGCUUCCCCUCCACCCUUCCAAGACCAGUAUAACCGACGGGGAAGGCCGGGCUCUUACCAAUUCCCCAGCGAAUUGCUAGACUAUGAGAUGGAAGACAGUAGGGGGAGGUAUGCCGUGGUGACACCCCAGAUCCAACGAAUGGGAUCCUCCACGAGGAGGGCGUCCAGUAGGCAAAAUCAACCCUGGUCCAGCUACUACCAGGAGAUGCCAAACGAGUGGCCCUCGGAGAAGCGUUUCCAGCCACCUCAGGGAGGGAGGAGCGUAAAGCGGCGAGGUUCUCGUAAAGGAGGAAGCAGUGUGUUCUGGUACUUGACACGGGGAUCGUCGGUGCACACCAAGGAAUACGAUUGGACGAACACGAGUUGGCAGUGUAAGAUGCAAUCCAUCCAUAACUUGACCCACCCGGGGCAGCCAGAAGAUGGUGUGGAAGACAUGACCCAGCUGGAGGAACUCCAGGAAAGAGUGGUUCUUCACAACAUCAAAAGGAGAUUUGAGCGGGGGCUCAUCUAUACCUACAUAGGCAGCAUCUUAGUCUCUGUGAACCCCUACCAAAUGUACAACAUUUAUGGGACCGAUCAUGUGCUGCAGUACGAGGGAAAAGCCCUGGGAGAGAACCCACCGCACCUUUUCGCCAUUGCCAACAUUGCGCACAGCAAGCUGAGAGAUGCCAAACUCAACCAGUGUAUUAUAAUCAGUGGUGAAAGUGGCUCAGGCAAAACGGAAGCAACCAAGCUGAUCCUCCGUUACCUGGCAGCGAUCAACCAGAAGCACACUGCAACCCAGCAGAUUCUCGAAGCAACUCCUCUGCUGGAAUCCUUCGGGAAUGCCAAGACCGUGCGGAACGACAACUCCAGCAGGUUUGGGAAAUUUGUGGAAAUCUUCCUGGAAGAUAAUGGAACGAUUUGUGGUGCCAUUACAUCCCAGUACCUUCUGGAGAAAUCAAGGGUCGUCUUUCAGGCCAAAAACGAACGGAACUACCACGUCUUUUACGAGAUGCUGUCUGGUCUUCCUGCCCAGCAAAAGCGGAGAUUCUGCCUUCAAGAAGCAGAAACUUACUACUAUCUGAACCAGGGAGGGAACUGCGAGAUUCCUGGGAAAGCGGACCUGGAGGACUUCCACCGGCUCCUCGACGCCCUGGAGAUAUUGCAUUUCAGCCCCCACGACCAAGACAGCAUCUUCCGGAUUCUGUCCUCCAUCCUCCACCUGGGCAACGUCUACUUCGAAAAAUACGAGACCGAUUGCCAAGAGGUGGCUUCAGUGGUGAGCGCCCGAGAAAUCCGCGUCGUGGCUGAACUGCUCCAGAUUUCCCCUGAGGGCUUGCAGAGAUCCAUCACGUACAAAGUGACGGAAACCAUGAGGGAGAAGAUAUUCACCCCUCUCACUGUCGAAAGUGCGAUUGAUGCCAGGGACGCCGUGGCCAAGAUCCUCUACUCUUUGCUCUUCAACUGGCUCACGGACAGGAUCAACAAACUCAUCUACCCCAGGCAGGAGACCCUCUCAGUGGCCAUCUUGGAUAUCUACGGCUUCGAGGAUCUCGGCUUCAACAGCUUUGAGCAGCUGUGCAUCAACUACGCCAAUGAGUACCUCCAGUUUUUCUUCAACAAGAUUGUCUUCAAGGAAGAGCAGGAGGAAUAUAUCCGGGAGCAGAUUGAGUGGCGACAGAUCCCCUUCAACGACAAUCAGCCGUGUAUCGACCUCAUUGCCCAGAAACCUCACGGCAUUUUGAAGAUCCUGGACGACCAGAGCAGUUUCCCUCAGGCCACAGACCACACCUUCCUCCAGAAAUGCCAUUACCAUCACGGCGCCAACCCUCUUUACUCCAAGCCAAAAAUGCCUCUGCCUGAGUUUUCCAUCAAGCACUACGCAGGCAAAGUCACCUACCAGGUGCACAAAUUCUUGGAUAAAAACCACGACCAAGUUCGGCAGGACGUCCUUGACCUUUUUGUCAACAGCAAAACCAAGAUGGUGGCCAACCUCUUCUUCAGUCAUGCCCAAGUGCUCUCCCAGCAGAAGACCAUGAUGGGAAGGAGCAGCACCAGCAGGAGGAAGUAUAAACCUCAGACCGUGGCAGCAAAAUUCCAGCAGUCCCUUUUGGACCUGGUGGAGAAAAUGGAGAGAUGUAACCCUUUCUUUGUUCGCUGCAUCAAGCCCAACAAUAAGAAGGAGCCAGGGGUUUUUGAGACGGACAUCGUGAGCAGCCAGCUGCGCUACUCGGGCAUCCUGGAGACCAUCCGGAUCCGUAAACAGGGCUUUCCUGUCCGAAUCCCUUUCCAGGUCUUCAUUGAGAGGUACCGUUGCCUUGUUGACAUCCAGCCAGACAUCAUCCCUGACGGGUGGAAUUGCGUGGCAGUGCUGAAGAAGCUGUGCCCUGUCACCCCAGAGAUGUACUGCAUCGGAGCCACCAAACUCUUCAUGAAGGAAAGCGUCUACCAGCACUUGGAGACCAAUCGCGAGCGGGUCGUCCACUUGGCGGUGGUGACCCUCCAGCGCUACGUGCGCGGCUUCUUGAUCAAGAAACGGUUCUACGCCCUUCGCUACCGGAUUAUCCUGCUCCAAGCCCGGGCCCGUGGCUACCUCGUCAGGCAAAGGUUCUGGAGGCUGCGAAGAACCCUCCUCAAGGUCAGGUGUUUGGUGCGCAUCUACGUGAACCGGAGGAGGUACCUCAAGGAGCUGAGCCCGCGAGAAGUGAUGAGGGUCGCCAAUCUGGAAGUCCCGGCAGAGUUGGUUGGGCUGCUGAACACGGUGGCAGGUACACCCCAGGUCAACGAGGACUGCGUCGCCUCCAUCCCCCGGCCCAAACUGCAAGCGGACCCCCAGCUGGCCCUCCCGCUGGACAUCAACAACUACCCCAUGGCCAACUACGUGCAGAUGCACUUCAAGGAGCCCUUUUUCGGGAUGCUCACCCAGACCCUGGCCUCUCCGCUCACCCUGUUGGAGGAGAGCCUAGCCCCCGAAGCAGUGAGCGUCUUCAAGCUGGUGCUGCGCUUCAUGGGGGACCCUCACCUCAACGGCAUGCAGGAGACCCUGUUUGGAAACUUCAUCGUGCAGAAGGGGCUGACGACGCCGAGCCUGCGGGACGAGAUCCUCUCCCAAAUCGCCAACCAAGUGUGGCGGAACACUAACCCCCACAACGAGGAGCGGGGCUGGCUCCUGAUGGCGGCCUGCUUCAGCGCCUUUCCGCCUUCUCCCCGCCUGGAGAAAUACCUGUUGAAGUUUGUUUCCGACCACGCCUUGGACGGCUACAAGUCCAUCUGCCAGCACAAGCUUGUGCGGGCCCUGGAGAAGGCUCAGGAGGGCGCCGAGACGGCGCGGGUCUUCCCGCCCACCUUGCUGGAGUGGUCGGCCAGCCGGGACCGAGUGAACAUGGCCCUGGAUGUCUAUUGUUUCAACGGCGAUCACUUCUCUUGCCCCGUUGAUUCCUGGACGACAGGAGAAGCUCUGGCCGAGAACAUCCUGAAAUACAGGGGGCUUCCAGACGGGUGGCAAGGCUGGUCGGUAACCAUGAAGGACGGCGCCCAGUGGGCCGAGCUGGCGGGCCAUGACUACGUCUUAGACCUGGUCUCUGACCUGGAGCUGAUCCGAGGCUUCCCGAAGCAGAAGUCCUAUUUCCUCAUUGCCUCGGAGGGUCUGGAGAAGAACGUGGGUGGCAGAGCGGCCUUCAGACACGACCUGGAUGUGCAUGAAGGGGUCCCCCCUCCCCCACUCAUAAAGGCCCCCACAGUGGCCCCCACCAACCUGCCGGACUCAGAAGGGUAUUAUAGCCAUGCCGAUUCAGACACAUUCAGCGAACCCCGGAGCCAAAAGGGUCUGGACCACUACCUGGACAGUCUCUUUGACCCCGUCCUCUCUUACGGGAAUGGGGAGCUAGAGAGGCCAUCGGCCGUCUCCCUGCGGAUGAAAGGGGGUGGCCGGACUGGGCGGGGCGACGGAGAACAAACCGGGGGCGGCACCGCACCUCCUGAGGGCCCCCGACCAUCAGGGACCAACGAGGCCACGGCGGUGAGGUGGCGAGCUUCUGGUGCACCGCAAGAAUCGUUCUUGCAACAGGCCGUCGUGGCUGCCAUGACCAGCUCCGCUUCUGCUGCAGGACCUCGGUCCCCCAGCCUUGGCUCGCCUCGACACCGUCGUCCUCCCAGGGUCCAGGGAACAGGCAGCCCUGCUCCCAGGCCUUCUGCAGGUCCACCUGUCCAGAAAGAAGUGGAGACUGGGAUGGGGGAUCCACCUGCACUGGCCCCCAGCCUCCUGCAAGACGGGCCCAGCUUCCGGAAAUCGGAUCCUACUGCAAGGCUGCGCGCCGGUGAGCUCAUCCGCCACUCCAAGCUGAAUUCGGAGCACAUCCCGGAGCCGACGCAAAACAUCCGGAAUAUUAUCAAGCAGUACCAACAACCCACCCGGGUCCCCGACCCCCUCAGGAAGGAAGGUGGGAAGGUCUUUGUGAAGAAAAUGGACCCUCACGAGGAAGCUUUGAGGAUCCUGAAGGAACAGCUGGCAGCCACCGAGGCCCCCACACGCCCCAAACCCCCGCCGGCUGUCCGGGAGACGCCACCAAAGGAGGCGGUUGCCAUGGUGAAGCCUGUGAUGUGGACCAAGAUGGCGGUUCCCCCAGCGGUCCGUCCCCCAUCCCCUGCUCUCCCCAUACCUUUGCCAGAAGCCUCUCUGGCCUCUGUCUCACGGGAAUUACCAUCCAAAGAUGAUCAAAUUCAGACGCGGCUUCACCGCCGAUGCAGUGAGGAGUUCUACACUUACCGCAACGUGGCUUGGAAGAUUUAUCUCAGGAAAGAGGUUUUCUACCCACGGGAAAACAUCUCCAACCCUCUUCUUCUAGAUCUUCUUUUCAGGCAGAUAUUCAACGACACCCACUCGGAGGCCUGCAUCCGCAUCACGCAGGAUGAAAAACUUCGCAUGAAAGCUUUCUUCGCGGAAAACAAGCUGGACUCCUUCAGUCCGGUGGCCGACGAAAGUGUCAAGAAGGAGAUUGUCCAUCUUGCCCGGGAAGUUUGGGAGGUGUAUUUCUCCCGCCUCUUCCCUGCCACGGGCAGCGUGGGCACCGGGGUGCAGAUUUUGGCCGUGUCCGACGUGGGGAUUAAACUCCUGAGGCUGCUGAAAGGGGCCAACCUGCCUGGACAGGAGCUCCGCGUGUUACGAGGCUACAGCUAUGGAGAUAUCUUGUUUGUGACCAUCCCCUCCAAGAACAUGCUGGAGUUCAACCUCACCCACGAGAAGUUCAUUCUUUUCUCCCCGAAAGCCUCCCAAGUCAAGGCCUUGAUCGACCAUUUCAUCACGGAGCUGAAGAAGGACUCGCAGUACAUGGUGGCCAUCAAGAACCACGUCACAGACGGCAAAAAUCUCCUGCGAUUCCACAAGGGGGACAUCAUCUGCCUUCGGCCCAUGGAAGGCUUGCCACAAGGUGGGUACCGCUAUUAUGGCUGCGUGGUGAGGAAGAAAGUGCUGCUCCUGGAGGAUGUGAAGAAAGGCACCCAGGAUUUUGGUUGGAAGUUUGGCGCCAUCUACGGGAAAUCGGGUUUCUUUCCUGCGGAUUGUGUCCAGCCGGUGGCGGCGCCGGAUUUCACCCACCUGCCUGCGGAGAAGAAGGACGAGCCGAAGGACAAGCAGGCCAAAGUAGCCGUCCCGGCCUCGGUGGCCAUGGCCGUGGCCUCGGCAGCCGUGGCUCAUGAGCUGGACAAGAAGGCGGAGGUCUCUCCAGCCGGCAGUGAGUACACCGACAGCCUGGAAGACUUGCCGGGCGCCCUGGAGAGCCUUCCCCCACCAGGCGGCUCCUUCACCAUGCUGGAAUUUGCGAAGAAGUAUUUCCGAGAAGGGCAGAGGGCCAAGAUGGAGGUUGACAAGCCGAAGUCCAAGAAAGGGGUCCAGUCCAAGGGUCUGGCGGAGAUACUGAAAUUUACCAAGACUCCAAUCCAGGAGUCACUCAUUGAAUUCACGGAUGGCAGCCUCAACAAAAUAGCGCUGGAAGCCUUCCAAGCUGUGAUGAAAUUCAUGGGUGACCUCUCACUCAAAGGACAAACAGAACUGGACGUGGUCUGCAGCCUCCUGAAGCUCUGCGGAGACCACGAGGUCCUCAGAGAUGAGGUCUUUUGCCAGGUCAUCAAACAGAUCACGGACAACACCAGCAGCAAGACGGACAGCUGCCAAAAAGGGUGGAGACUGCUCUACAUCCUAAGUGCCUACUACAGAUGCUCCGAGGUUCUCAAGCCUUACCUUCUGGGGUUUCUCCAGCAGACGGUCAGCAAUCCUGUUGUGCAAUUCCAAGGCCUUGCCAAAGCCUGUGAGCAGAAUCUGCACAAAACUUUCCAGUUUGGUGGCCGGUGUGAGUUCCCUAGCAGUAUUGAGCUCAAAGCCAUGGUGGCUGGCCGGAGCUCCAAACGCCAACUGUUUCUCUUGCCAGGCGGGAUUGAGAGGCACCUCAAGAUCAAAACAUGUUCAGUUGCUCUGGAUGUGAUAGAAGAACUGUGCUCCGAAAUGGGACUGUAUCAACCAGAGGCCUUUGACGAAUACAUCAUCUUUGCCGUCACUAAUAGAAAUCAGAACGUCCGGCCCCUGAACAAAAAAGAAUACAUCUUUGAUGUUGCUGUGGAAAUGGAGCACGUGGACAGCAGCUACAUGUUCUGGUACCGCCGUGUCAUCUGGGCCCAGCCGCUCAAAUUUGAUAACGAACUGUAUGUCACCAUGCAUUACAACCAGGUGCUGCCCGAUUAUCGGAAGGGUCUUUUCAACACCCUCCCUCCGUUGAAGCCUGGCGGGCAACAGUUCCAGCAAGUCUCUAAGCUGGCCGCCCUACAGCACCGAGCGAAAGACAGCGUCUACCUGCCAACUCUACGGGAAGUUCAGGACUACAUCCCACCGCAGUUCUUUCGCCUCCAGAAUGCCCAGGCGUGGCUGGACAUGGUCACGAACCACCUCCAACAGGCGCAAGCUCUGAGUGCCCACCAAGCGCGGGCUCAGUUCUUAGGGCUCUUGAGUGCGUUCCCUAUGUUCGGCUCAUCCUUUUUCUACAUCCAGAGUUGCAGCAAUAACAUCAUCCUCUCGCCCUGCAUCUUGGCGGUGAACCAGAACGGACUCAACUUCCUCAACAAGGAAACCCAUGAACCCAUCGUGACUUUCUCACUGAAAGAGAUCCAGUCUACACGCACCCAGCGCCCCUCGGCUGGAUCCAGCUACCCGUACGUGGAGAUCAUGUUGGGAGAUCUGAUGUCCCAAAGGAUCACCCAGCUGCAGCUGGAGCAGGGCUUGGAGCUGUGCCGAGUCAUUGCCACACACAUGGAGAACUUACUUCACGCCCGGGAAAAGCGGCUCACACUUCCGCCUAGUGAGAUCACAUUGCUGUGAACAGACUUAACCAUGUCCCUCCAAUUCUCCUGAGAAUUUUACUCAAAAUCACACAAAAAAAGGAGGGCACACAUAACUAUUUUUAACAGACACACAGCCCGUGCUUGGCUCAGUUCACUGCAGGGGAUUCAGACAUUGGUCAAGCUAGACAACAACUGGGAUGCUGGGGUUUAGUGGCCAGUUCCUGUGAUGUCUUAGAUUGCGAACCCACUCAAUGCAA